AUGAGUACCGAUAAUCAUAGCAUCAGGAAUUACUCGUACAUGGGUGAUUGGGAAUAUUCCACUGGAGAAGACAUCUCAUAUGAUCGGCAAGCAGCUUCAACAAGGGAUGACUACGGGAAUACCGAAUCGCAUUACACAUUCUCAAACCAAGCCCCACUUCAAUACGAACACUCUUGGUCACAAAUCCACCCGAGCAAUUCGCACUCUUUCCAACAAACCCAUUCCCAGCCGAUGACAUCCUGGUCACACGAAUCGUGCACAUUUGACGGAAGUAGAAACCAGGAGUCUGGUUUGGAUCCUCCACAAUGGCAGGAGAGAUUAAGAGGUAUGGGAAUAACUAAAGAAACUCGUUAUUCCCAAUUACUUUUACUCAUCCAUCAACUUCAACCUGUUUCGCUAGUACGUAGCCUUCUGUACGGUUUGGAAAAUCUCGGUUAUGCAAGGAAAGAAUGGGUCGAGAGUGUUGAUGACGAAAGAAGUGUGGAAGGGGUCUGUGUUGCUCUUUUGGAGAGUUUGAGUGUACACGGUGGAACAGGCUCUUUAUGGUUGAACAACGAAGCUCAGGGGGAUGAUAUGUUUCCUGGAGUAUACCACUCUGGAUGA